CUAUGUUUUCGUGCUGGAACUAUUUGACGAGUGCCGGUGAUGUAUAUGAUAAGAAUUUUCACAGCAUUGAAAAUAAGGUUAUAAACGAACGAGGAUGUCUUUGGCAUUCAGAGCAGCAAUUAUAUUUGGAUAUGCGGUGUGUUUUAUAAUUAACGGUGGUUUUAUUCAAAGAAGCUGAGUGGGGGAUUGAUUGUUCUCCAACUCAACCCAUAAAUUUACGGUUGUCGGAAAAACGUCCCUUUAAACAUUAGGUUUUUGUAAACAACGUCCGAUGGUUGACGGUUUUUUGGCGUUUUGGCAAGGAAAUACCUUUUUUCUUUUGAGGAUCGGAUGCGAUCGUUUAACCUGUCUUACUGAGAGGUGCGAUGGAAUUUAUGGCCUGAACAGUUUGCUUAAGUAUUCACAGGUAAAAUGAGAUUUUUUUCUUCAUUGCCACCUUUAUGAUGUACUUGAAACUUAAAUCAUGAUAGAAUGUAUAAGCAUUUUAUUCAAGGCGAAAAUAACUGUAGGAGAGUUUACCAGUCCAAUGAAGGUGAAAUGCCGUUCUAUACUUAGAUAUCGCAAGAAUCGAAAUUAAAAGCAAAACCAACUUACGUAAACACCAUACUUCUGAAUAAGAUACAAAAUAACCUCAUCAGGUUGUAGCGAAUAGAACUAAACCAUUCUUAGGUAAUAAAAAUGUAGCUAAUAUACCUAAUUUCCGUUUCUUUACAUAGUAAAAUUCAUUAACAUUGAGCCUUCCCUUCGGAGAAUUCGUUAGAGAUGAACUUAUGUCGCUGAAAAAGAGUCAGUCAUAACAUAUAGUAGGUAACGUUUCUUGUUUUUGUUUCGCUGAUAGUCAUACGGAGAUGUUCAUAAUUACAGUACCCUAAGAUAUGUCCCCCGUCGGACUCUGUGGUCAUACAUUUAAUUACAAGUUGUGCAUAAAAAUUGAUACUUAGAUUUCAAUUAUUGUUUUUUUUCAUGAAUUAUUUAUUUUCACACAAAUCUUUACCUAAACCUGACUUACUCUAGACAGCUAGCGCAUGUUAUAUUUUUAGUCAACUUUUUGCUUUCCAUUAUGGCAACUUUCUAAAAUAAAUUUCUAUAUUUAUCGUUCAAUCUGUCAAGUGUUUUUUCCUUCCAGGUGAGAGGGGCUGAAUUAACUUUUCCCACCGCCACAAAGAGUUUCAACAUUAUUAUGGAUUCAAAAGCGAUAAAAAGGAAAAAUAAGAUAUGCUAUUAGGGGUACAGAAGAAAAGCAAAUUUAAAACUCUCGUAAUUGAAGGCUGGCUGAAGAUCUUGAACCAAUUAUCUCUGGUAUUUUUAGAAACAAAUUUUAUAUUUUUGGCAAAAUAGAUAUCAGUUUCAUUUGUACUAGGCGAGGAAUGGUUUUGUUUUGAUUUUUUUUUACAGCUUCCACUUCCACGACAAAUUGAUCUCGUCUUGACAACUGCACUUAAAAAGAGCCGUUUACGCAUCAGGCGCCGCUCUACACGCGCAUCAACUCGUCGCACAAUGAUAAGAAAAGCAACAAAGGGAGACAGUACCUCGGUCUGGUCACUGGAUAGCCAGCCUCUCCGACCCCGAAAAAGAAUAUUAUUAAACGUAGGAGGACGACUAUUCGAAACGUGGCAAGACAACUUGGACAAUUAUCCCGACACACUUUUAGGUAGUCCCGAGAAAGAACUGUUUUACGAUUGCGGAACCAAGAUGUAUGUAUUUGACAGAGAUCCGGAAAUGUUUCGGCACAUUCUCAACUACUACAGACUUGGUAGGUUACACUAUUCAAGUGACUACUGUGCAGACGAGUUUCGUGAUGAGCUUUCUUUCUUUCGCAUCUCUAUAAACGCCGUAUCUAAUUGUUGUUGGGACGAUUACAGGCAGCCAAGAAAAGUACGAAUCGACAAAGUGUUUACGUUAGAGGAUCCACACGAAAAACUUGAAGUAGAGAAAGGAUGGAAACUCAGAAAAAAGGUCUGGAACAUUUGUGAUAAUCCACACGAAUCGGUUCUUGGUAGAUUGUGGUACUAUUUCUCUGGACUGCUGAUCGCUUUAAGCAUUGUUUGUACUGUUGCUGAGACUAUACCACCUCCUUGUGACGAGAAAUAUCUUUGUCAGAACCACACUUGUGGGAAGGAAAAUUGGAAUUUGUCAGCCAUUAAGUAUGGAAAUGUUAAGUCUUGUAGACGAAUCGAUGAUUACAUGAAGGAAAGAGAAUUCUUGUAUUUUCUAUUGGAAAGUGUUUGUGUAGCAGUCUUUACUUUUGAAUAUUUGACGCGGUUUAUAACUGCACCAAACCGCUGGUCUUACGUGAAGGAGUUUAUGAGCGUUAUAGACUUGCUGUCGAUAUUACCCUAUUACGUUGGGCUGAUACUGGAACAUGUGCUGGAAACAUCAGUGGACAGUCUCAGCGCUUUGGUUUUGCUGCGAGUACUUCGUGUCUUUCGCGUUCUGAAAUUCACUCGACACUCCAGUCGAUUACGAAGUUUGUUAUUUGCUAUCAAGCGCUCUGCUUCUGAAUUGGGUUUUAUCCUAUUCAGCUUCUCUCUCGGAGUAACUCUGUUUUCCAGUGUGCUAUUCUACGCGGAGAAGCUACCGGACCUCAAACCGAACAGAACAAACCCGUUUGACAGCAUCCCAGCCUCCAUGUGGUAUUCGGUCGUCACCAUGACAACAACUGGUUAUGGAGACCUUGUCCCGAGAACAAUCAUUGGACAACUGAUUGGUAGUGUUGGCUGUAUUGUUGGUGUAUUAAUGAUCGCCUUGCCGGUUCCAAUUAUUCAGAAGAAGGCAAAUUUACAACUAGGACUUUUAGAUGAGGUGGACGAGGCUAUGGAAGCAGAGCUCUGAGUGAACGCUGGUCGUUGCUAGAUCAUUCGGUAAUCACACGCUGAAUGCGCGAUAAACAAACUGAGAAACAUGGGGCCUGUGACCGACCUGUGUAAUCCCUUCAAUCUACAGUUUGAUAUCUGUAAUCAGUUCGGAGGGUUUCCUGGACAAAAAAAAAAUAAUUGCCAUACAUGUAUCUUUCGGAAAUGGCAAUUGUUUCCAAACGGUAACAAGGGCGAAAAUUGAAAAAAAUUCAGCUGAUUCAAAAGAUCACCUUUUCUAAAAAACAUUAAAGUGAAAUCCAUGUAACUGAGAGCCAAAAGUCAAAUGCCAUUUCCUUCAGGUUAUCAGUGAUCGGUAUAAUUCCCCAGCUUUGAUACUGUUUAUUGAAUCUCUACUGGGCUUAAAAAGAAAUGUGAUCCAGAAAUCAUAUUUUUUAUUUUCGCCUUUAAAACUUACAUAUGAGAACUGAACCAAGCCGCUUUAUAGCUUCAGAAUAGUAGCUUAAAUUCUUCGAAAACUGUAUCAAGGUCGGUGGAGCGUUUCAAAACGUUUGAAUCUAUCUUACACCCAGCCAUGUGCAUACUCCCACUCAAAUUUUCCAAAAUGUCCAUUGCGAUUUUCAUUGGCACGAGCAAACCUCUUUGCAAUCUUCACGGUUUCUGGUGCGUCCGUAAUCGAUUGAUCGCUUGCUUUCAUUUGUUGCGGUACAGUCUAAAAUCUUUAAAUUUCAGCUGAGCAUUCCAUAGCUGCUCCGCCGCCUAUGUAUGUUCAAAUGUGUAAAAGAAUGAUUGCAACCGCCGCUCUGAUGAGCCUUUUGUAGCAGUCCCGGACGCUACCCUUUGACGUAAGAGUUUCAAUGUCUCCACGAUCCAUUGGAGUAAUUAUUAACAGGUGCUUCACUCAAACUGUGACUGUUUUUUUGGUUAGUGUCUGAUGUUAGACUUACCGAAUUUUUUUUUUUAUUUCUGUCCCACAUUUUGUGGCUUUGCCUAUACGACCAGGUUACCAGAUUACUUCCAAAAUGAUGGCGUCCAUUUUAAAAACAGUUUUCGAAAGGUUUUGUUACUCUUUGGAACCUCUUACUAUGCUACGAAGAAAACCUGAAUCUUUGAUAAUCAAUGGAGGAAAUGAAACUGAUUAUCUUGUCUAUUUCUCCUUAAAUAAUAACCAUUAUAAGUAUAAUUUCAGAGCUGAGCAAAGAGUUUCCACCAAUCUGAUUGGUCGAACGGUUCCUUAUA